AUGUCUUCGAUCGCUAUUCCGGACGGUCCAGGGGAAGAUAUGGAUUUUGCCAAAGAGAUGAGAGAUGAAAUGUCUCGGUUGGGUGGAAAGGAAGACACUACGACACCCGAAAUCCGACGAGGCCCAAACAUGACAGUCCCGCCCUCGCCACCAGCGAAGGACCUACCCCCACCACCCGCGCUGUUAAGAUCACGAUCCCCAAGCCCCAUCGGCACUCCCUCAGAGCCACCCAGCAAACCACUUCCACCACCGCCGAUGAAGAAGUCAGAGAGCGUAAGAAUUCCACAACCGACAAAGGCACCGCCGCCAUCACGAACCCAGGAGCCACUGGCCAUGAACCCGCCGACACGACCCCCGACAGCAGCGACCCAGAGGUCGGGGCCAGCGGCCUCCCUGGCGCCGCUCUCGACACAGCGCUUCUCUUGGGCAACAGAUGCCUCGCAGCGGCCGAUCAAGUAUGGUCAGGGGAAAUAUGGGCGCGUGGAGCUGGUACCCCAACCGAGUGAUGAUUCAGAUGACCCGCUGAAUUGGCCGAUGUGGAGAAAGGAACUCAACUUUUACUCUCUGCUCCUGAUGGUGGCCAUGACGGGCGUGACCAAGACCAUGUUUAUGGCUGUGAAUGCCCAGCUCGCUCAGGAUUAUCAAGUUUCCUACACUUCCGUUACCGCCUUGACCGGGGUACCUCUGAUUCUCUCGGCCAUGGCCGGCUUGCUUUGUCUCGUUGCCUCGAGGGUGUGCGGCAAGCGGCCGUUGUAUUUGACUUCCCUUCUGUUGGUGUUUAUCGGGACGGUAUGGAGUACCAAUGUUGCGGGCAGCUAUGCGCAGUGUAUGGCUGCGAGGGUAUUUCAGGGGCUGGGAUGGGGCGCGUUUGACACGCUUGUUCUGGGGUCUAUCCAGGACACGUACUUUGAACACGAACGCCGGGCCCGUAUGGCUGUUUAUUCCAUUGUCGCCAUCGCAACAACCUGGGGUCCUCCAUUGAUCGGCGGUGUUGCUUCCCAGGGACCCGCCGGGUUCUCCUUGCAGCCCACGAUCCUGAGCGCCUUCUUCGUAGUGGCUAUCCCAGCCAUCGCCCUCGGCGCACCGGAGACAGCGUUCGACCGAACCCACCUACUGGCCCAAACCCCGGCCACGGCCACGACAGACCUAAAAGCAGCCAUCUUCUUCCCGCCACGCCAGCUCUUCUCCCUCGACACCCUGGCCGAGUACACCGUCAAGCUCAAGCCGUACGCCUACCACGGGUCUGCCGACUUCAAGACCCUCCUCCAGGCGCCGCGGGCCUUUGCCACGCCCACAACGAUGCUCCUCGCCGUGGUCUCCUUUUUACCCUGCGCUGCCCUCUGGGGGUUGACAUCCUCGCUGUCGCUGCUUUUCUCCCCUGUCCCCUUUUCGCUAUCGCCAGGGACGCUCGGAGCGCUGUUUCUCGCUCCGUUUCUUCUUGCUACCGCAGCCACUGGAAUCACGUCCUUCCUCCCCGUCUGGCAGAACCGUUUCACGCCUAGAACCCACAUGGUCGGGCUCGCAACAGGCACUAUCCUCGCUUUCAUCGGCAUCCUUACCUUUUCCCUCCACCUCAGCAGCACCCUCGCCCAAACCUCCUCCUCUUCUUCAUCCGCGUCCCCAUUCCAGCAGGUCCAAGAACCAUCCACCACCCCUACCCCAAUCCCCACGACAAGCACACCCCCCCUGAACCUGAACCUGCCCGCUCUCUCCCUCAUCAUAGGCCUCCUAGCAGCAGGUACCGCCCUCCUCGACGCCACGGCUGCCCCGCUCAUCAGGCAGAGCACGGCUUUCACCGGCUCCAGUCUGGCUGUUUCCAUGCGGAAUACGGCUGAUAUGGCUGGGGGAGUUGCGUGUUGGCGGGCGGUGGGGGCGGGGGUGUUCGUUUUGGGUUUGUCGGGGUUGUUGGAGGGGGCGUUGAGGGGGAUAGGGAUUGGGAUGGGGGUUGCGUUAGUGGUGGUUUCGGGUCUGGCUGGCGGGGUGUGGUGGGUUUGGGGGGAAGGGAUGAAGAGGUGGGAUGGGAGGGUGAUGGGGUUGGUGGAUUUGGAGAUGUUGAGGAUGCAGGCGAGUUUUUUUGAUAUGGAUUAG